CGAAGAGCCACAGGUGAACGAGGGGGGCUGGAGCAACAAAAAGUACUGUCGCACCGAUACGAACUUGAACUACUGCCAAAGCAUCGUACUAGUCUAAAUCGCAUGAGACAAGAACUUUCCUCAGCAUGAGAAACGGAAUUUCUAAAUGCGGAUUCACCUCAAGAAGGAGAUUUCGAUUUGUAAUUCAUGGCCACGAAGAUAAGUUUUAGUAUGAGUUCGAGUGCGAUACUUUUGCAAUGCAUAACCGAGCACGCCCAGCUCAAGACGGCGUCGAGCUCGGAAGUUAUCCUGAGUAAAAACGUACCCACACCAGAGUCAGGAUGGGGAUUUUGCAACACAAACCUAGGAGUUUUGUGAGUCACGCAUGACAAGUUGCACUCUGCAGUGUAGUGCAGGUUAGCAAGUGCAGCCGCAUCACAGAUUCAUCUGCUCAUCCUGUUCACAGCAUCACAAAUUCCAAAACACGACUGGAAAUGGCUCUUAUGGGGAUGCGCAUUACAAGUCUUCCUGUCUUUGCAAGUCUGCAUUACAACUCUGGCGUGGGUACGUUUUUACUCAGGAUAGAAGUGAUUUGCGGCUUCCAAACGCGGUCCGGAACGUAUCGUAAGGAAAGAUCCCCCCUCCCCAUAUUGAAAUGGUACGUUCUCCAAAAUUUGCGUUGCUGAUUUGAGGUCACAAAUCACAUCUGUCUUGCAAGAAGAGAAGGGCAGAAACUUCCGCCCCAUUAUGAAGCCGGUUUGUCAUGCUGUUGGGCCUACAGGGCAGCCGUUUGCCAUGCUGACCAACUAGACCCAUACGCCCCGACCUACCCUGGGCCUCAGGCGGCACUGCCUCCCUGCAAUACAAAGCUGAUUUGUGUACACAAAUCCAGCAUCAGAAAUUCUGUUUUGAUAUAGGGAGAGGGGAUUUCUCCUCACAAUAGAACGCUCGGCGGUGCCGGUGGAGAGGACGAGAACAAUGGUGGCCCGGAAGAUAUAUCCUGUGCAAAAGUAUCUGAUACUCGUAUUCUUGCAGUCAUGCAUUACAAAGUUUUUUCUUAAGGUAAAUCCGCAUUACAAAUUUUCUCUCUCAUGCAGAGGAAAUUUGUAAUGCAUUUAUACGAAAAAUGCGAUAGUUUUGCAGUUCAUAAGACAAGCUGGGAAUCACCGACAUCCGUUUUUUCUGCUGCGAAGAUUACACCAGCACCACGACGGGAUUUUUUCUGAUGGAGAAACCCUAGGAACGGGAAAAACCAGAAAGGAGGAGCAGGCGCAAAAUAAAUGAAACCUGCUCGUCUAUUUUUGAGAAAAAAUCGAAAUGCAAAUAAAGCAUUUGUGAUUUGAGUGCUGUGCUGCGAAAGAAAAGAAGACGAACUGCAACACUUCUCAGUAAAAAUAAAAACCAAGAUGAUGAUCAAAAAAAAUAUAAACAGUAGAAAAUGAGUAUGUAUAUGCAAAUCCGGCCGGAAUCUUGAUUUUUUUCCAAAUCAACAACGCACUAUGUACUAUGCUUCCAUUUUUUAGCGAAACCAAUACCAAAAGAUGAACAAAACUCCAGGGGCUGCUCGCAGAGAUAGCAGCUGAAGUGCUGCAAGGGGUCCGCCUCUGUGCUUGUGACUCUUGUUCAGUGCGACGUUCUCGACGGCCCCACUGAAUAAUUGAUACAGGCACGAAAGAUGAUGUUGUCCACUCCUCCUCUUCAGAGUUGUCAUUCCAUAUUGAAG